CUACCACAAGCUCGAUUGGUUUCUUCCAAACUAAGAUGGCUGCCCCCAGGAGAAAAUUUGACGGAGACGGAAAGUUUGAUGUACCAGAGCCUAAAAAGAAGAAAACUUUGCACGAAAAGGAUCAAGAGAAGCGUCUCAUCGUCGUACUUGACAAGGCUUCUUUAGAAACAGUCAAGAAUGGGAAGAACUACGAGCUUCUGAACUGUGACAAACACAAGGGUCUGAUGAGGAAACACAACAAGGACCCGGCUCAGUGUCGACCAGACAUCGCUCAUCAGUGUCUGCUGAUGUUGUUUGACAGUCCCUUGAACAGAGCUGGUCUGCUACAAGUCUAUGUCCACACAGAGAACAAUGUACUCAUAGAAAUCCACCCACAAACAAGAAUCCCAAGAACUUUUGAAAGAUUUGCUGGACUGAUGGUUCAGCUGCUGCAUAAGUUCAGUAUCAGAGCUUCAGAUGGGCCUCACAAGUUGUUGAAGGUUAUCAAGAACCCAGUGACAGACCACUUACCGACGGGCUGUACCAAGAUUGGCAUGUCGUUCCACGCGGAUUCCGUGGUGAACCCACGCGAGCUCGUUCCUGCUGACAAACCCAUCGUCCUUGUGAUCGGAGCCAUGGCCCACGGCUCGGUGGACCCAGACUACAUAGAGAAGUCAGUGUCCAUCAGUAACUAUCCCCUGUCAGGAGCCCUCACAUGUGCCAAGGUCUGCACUGCCUUUGAAGAGGUCUGGGGCGUGGUGUAACUGUGAUGUACAGCU